AUUAACGCUGAGAGAUUUUAAAUCGUGUUUUUUUUUUUUUUAUUUUAAUUUGCUUUUUUUUUUCUUUUAACGAUUUUAUGUAAUACUAUCAACAUCAUUUUGUGUUGGCACUGGUUCAGUUUAAAUACACGCAGCGGUUGGAGCUCCGCCGACGCUAAGCAACACAAUCAAGCACACGGAGCACGAGGCGUCAAACUGGAGUGCAACUCGUUAAAGACCAGGGAACGCGCAGUGCUGCGGAGGAAUGGUCGGCUAUGACCCGAGAGCAGAGGGCCCUGUUCUCUCCACCACGGAGAUCGCAGCAGCGGGGUCUGUGGCAGGAAUGGUCACAAGGGCCAUAAUUAGUCCCCUCGAUUUAAUUAAAAUAAGAUUCCAGCUUCAGAUUGAGCAGCUUUCUGUUCAAAACCCGCGGGCCAAGUAUCACGGUAUCUGGCAGGGCUGUCGAUGCAUCCUUACUGAGGAGGGACUGCCGGCUUUCUGGAAAGGACACCUCCCUGCCCAGCUGUUGUCUGUCACAUUCGGAGCUGUGCAGUUCGUCAGUUUUGAGAUGCUGACUGAGUUUGUCCACACCAGCACCCCCUACGACAGCAGGAAUGCCGCGGUGCACUUCGUGUGCGGGGGCCUGGCUGCCUGUACCGCCAGCGUGGCCUGCCAGCCGCUGGACACCCUGCGCACCCGCUUCGCUGCCCAGGGGGAGCCCAAGGUGUAUCAGAAUCUGAGGCAUGCAGUGGCCACCAUGUACCGGACGGAAGGCCCCCUGACGUUUUACCGCGGCUUGAUCCCCACCGCGAUCGCUGUCUUCCCCUACGCUGGGCUUCAAUUCUUCUUCUACAACAUAUUCAAGCAGGUCUACAUGUGGGCCAUUCCCGCAGACCCAGACACAAAAGGUAAUGUUAGAAACCUGGUGAGUGGGAGCUGUGCCGGGGUUCUCAGCAAGACCAUCACCUACCCCUUCGACCUGUUCAAGAAGAGGCUGCAAGUGGGGGGCUUCGAACAGGCGCGGACCCCCUUCGGACAGGUGCGCUCUUAUCAGGGGUUUCUAGACUGCAUUGUGAAGAUUGGCCAGGACGAAGGGGCGAGAGGAUAUUUUAAGGGUCUGUCGCCCAGCUUGCUCAAGGCGGCUGUCUCCACAGGAUUUAUCUUCUUCUGCUACGAGUUCUUCUGCAACACCCUGCUGAGCCUGAAGGAAAGCACAGAGACGGACGAUUAGCUGCAAGACAGAGAGAGCCACUGAGCCUUUGCUGUGCACCACUGACAUCCGCUUGGCGAAAGUGCCUCAUUCAUAUUCUGCACUAGAGCUCUGGAUUAUUCAAACUCUUUCAUGGUUUUUUGUUGAGCUCCUGGUCAGAGGGAGACUGUGUGGCAUCUGGGACCUCAACCACAGGCACUGCAAUAGCUUGCAGUCGGGGACAUGACCUGGACCUGUCCUCAGGAUCCAACGCCACUCCACUGCUGUCCCUCCACAGCACUGAUACUCUUCCAUCAGUCACCUAGGUGGACCUGCCCUGUCUUGUUAAAAUGCCAUUUCAUGUGAUGUAAGGGCCAGGUUUGCUCAGUAUUUACUGCAGUGCCAAAUCAAAGAUAACCAUUUCUCAGAACUAGCGACAGAAAACUUCUCCUACUCGGGAGCUUCUAGGUUAACAUAAAUGAUGUAUUUAUUUAAAGGUUUUUGGAAAAUUUUGACAUUUUCCUUCUGGUUAAAAUGCUUAGUGAAUCUGGCCCCCAAUAGGCUGGAUCCCAGCACCCAGUACAGUGGAAAGGCUAGAAGUAAUGCAAUAUCACUGUUAAUGUUUGAAGGUAGGAAGAAAAGAACAUAGAAACUAUGAGUCACGCACAAAUACCUCUGCUGACCCCUCCUGGGCAACACAGGUAAUGGUCUGUCUAGUUGGGCUCCACUGUUUGCACUAAAUUAAACAUUUGUACAGAUUUAAUGAACAGGUGAAUGCCUUUGAGUUGUGUCUGACUGGCAGCUGCGCCCAGGACCCUUGCAUUAGGAGGAAAGGGACUUGCAUUUGCAGUGUAUUGUGCAGCAUCUUUAACAAAGAAAAGCAAAGUCUUGAGGUGCCUGGGAGUGGAGUGGCAGCAGCACAUUUGACCCCUCACAUCAGCGUCCUUUCAUCUCUGACCUCACAUGUUGCUGGUGAUGUUGGAAGUGUGAAAGCAGGUAAGGUAUUCCCCAGGGCACCAGGAUUGUCACUCCUGCUCACUAUCUCAACACUGUACUUAGCAGCUGUUCUAGCUUCUGCCUGUACUUGUUAUAAAUGUUAAGCCUGUACUAGUUAGAUACUGCAAAAGUACACGUAAAAGCAGUUUAUUCAUCUGUAUUUUAAUUAGGGUGAAUGCUUACCUUAUUAUCUGUACAUAGAAUUCUUUAACGCAACCAAAAUUUAGAUCAAAAAGUCAUUUUAAUGCAAAUUACCAAUCCAACCCUAAAGAAAAUCAUGUGAACUACAGACAGAGAGAAUGCUUUAUACCAACCAAGAGGGCAGGACCGCUACAGGGAGGAAGAGACGUCUCAUCAUAGGAGAACAUAACUGCACUAAAACUGGGAAUGAAAUAUAGGAGGUUCAAAAAAAAAAAAAAAAAAAACUUCUACAAAAUAUUAUAUAGGAGAGACAUUAAGAUAAUCCUUACUCUGUGUACCUGAUGACUUGGUUUCUACUAAUCCAAGUAAUAUGGAAUGUACUGUGUGUGUGUGUAUAAUACAAAUCCUUACUGGGCGGCUACACUUUUAUAAAGAUGUGUUUUUUUUUUUGUUUUUUUUUUUCUGCUGCUUUAACAGGGUUUGGGUGCCAAAUUGUAACGUGUGUUGCAAUUUAAACUUGUAGUCUAUAUUAUUAUUAUUAUUAUUAUUGUGUCAAACCCAGUAUUGACAGGCAUAUGCAUAUGCAAUUGCUCAGCUCUGAUUCUUUCAUUAUGUAUUUGCAUGCUUUGCUUAUCUUCUGAAGAAUGUUGUUCAGUUAGUGUUGUCUCAAUAGACUGCAUUACUGCACUGUGUAAAUGUAACCAGCUAUAUUUUGAAAAGGAUGAGAAACAUUAAAUACUUUAUUUCUGUCA